AGACCCAAAACCAGAUCACAGCAAAAAUGGAUAGUCACAAAAGGAGUUUGGGUUUCAUAUCUCUCGCUUUUCUCUUCUUCACUUGCUCUUCUGCUGAGCUCCUCAUUCAACAGGUCACAGAAGGCAGAGGAACAGAGAACAACAGUACUUAUAAUGUCGAGGCGCAUCUUGGAGAGACAAGAGCGUUUAGAGAGGAGCGACCAUCAAGUAAGAUAGUCACAAUAGCAGGGUACUCCGUGAUUAAAGGGAGAUUCGAACCCUACGAAUCCUCUGUUUUUGAAGCUGCUGGUUACAAAUGGAGAUUAGUUUUGUACGUGAUUGGUAAUAAGAACGACGGUGGAGCUGGCCAUAUAUCACUUUACGCGAGAAUCGAAGGCGCUGAAUCUCUUCCUUAUGGUUGGGAAGUCAAUGUUGAUCUCAAACUCUUUGUCCACAAUCCCAAGACCCAUAAGUACUUGACUGUCACAGAUGGAACCGUGAAGCGAUACAAUGCUGCAAAAAAGGAGUGGGGAUUUGGAAAAUUGAUCCCUCUUUCAACAUUCGAGAAUACUAACAAUGGGUACAUUGUGCAAGACACUUGUUCUUUUGGUGCUGAGAUCCUCAUUGUUAAACCUGCCGAGAUACAAGAGAAAGUCACAUUCAUAUCAAACCCUCCAAACAAUAUUUUCACUUGGAAGAUACUUCGUUUCUCCAGCUUGGAAGAUAAAUUUUACUAUUCUGCCGAUUUUCUCGUUGGAGACCGAUACUGGAGAUUAGGCUUUAACCCGAAAGGGGAUGGAGAUGGACGACCACAUGCACUUCCACUCUUCCUAUUUGCUCAAGGCUUUAAGGAAAACGCAGUUGCUACAAACACUUGGGGAGCAGUUAACUUGCGGUUGAAGAAUCAGCGAAACUCCAACCACAGACAAUUAUAUUCUGCAGCUUGGUACCCGAUUCGAAGUGAUUAUGGUGUGGGAGUGAACAAUAUCAUAUUGUUAGCAGAUUUAAAGGAUCCAUCGAAAGGGUAUUUGGUGAAUGAUGCCAUUAUCUUUGAAGCUGAAAUGGUUAAGGUCUCUGUGACCAAUAUCGUCUCAGCUUAGUAAUCUCUACAUCUUUUUCAUAUAUAUGGGUCAAACAACCUUAUAAAUAAAGAGACGCUUAAUGAGAUUGUAAUAAGAUGAAAUUAUCGAUGCUUGUGUGAUGUAGUCGUCAUUUCUGUCCUUGGAGUGUGUUUUAUUUUCUGCUUUGUUAUCAAUGAAACUAGACCUUGACCCGCCCAGCCGGGCAGAUAUUA